UAGAGAAGUCCGACAACAUGGCAAACAUCUGUUCUCGUCUGUGAUGUCACUUCCGGUUAGUAUAAAAUGAAAAUGACCCAACGGACUUCGAUCUUUCUGCCUUUACCGUUCUUAGGAGGAAGAAGAUACUAUGGCGGACUCUGCUCCAGCCCGAGGUGGUUUUCGUGGUGGAUUUGGUGGUGGACGCGGUCGUGGGGGGCCACGUGGUCGAGGCCGUGGUCGCGGAAGAGGCCGCGGUCGUGGCAAAGAAGACCAGAAGGAAUGGAUUCCCGUAACAAAAUUGGGACGUCUUGUACGUGAUGGUAAAAUCCACACGCUCGAGGAGAUUUACUUGUUUUCGUUACCGAUUAAAGAGUAUGAAAUUAUCGAUUUCUUCAUUGGAUCGGCACUGAAAGAUGAAGUUUUGAAAAUUAUGCCAGUACAGAAACAGACCCGUGCCGGUCAGCGUACACGUUUUAAGGCAUUUGUGGCAAUUGGCGACUACAACGGUCACAUUGGGUUGGGUGUCAAGUGCAGUAAAGAAGUAGCUACGGCAAUUCGAGGUGCCAUCAUCUUGGCUAAGUUAUCUGUAGUACCAGUUCGUCGUGGUUAUUGGGGUAACAAGAUCGGCAAACCUCACACUGUCCCAUGCAAGGUCACUGGAAAAUGUGGUUCAGUUUCGGUGCGUUUAAUUCCGGCACCUCGCGGUACUGGUAUCGUAUCUGCUCCUGUGCCCAAGAAGUUGUUGCAAAUGGCCGGUAUCGAAGAUUGCUACACAUCGGCACGCGGAUCAACUGGUACUUUGGGUAACUUCGCAAAGGCCACAUAUGCCGCCAUUGCUAAGACUUACGCAUACCUUACGCCCGAUUUGUGGGAGGAGAGGCCCCUAAUGAAGACUCCAUAUCAAGAGUUUGCUGACUAUUUGGCCAAAAACCAUCGUCCCGUUACAAGCCAACGUCCUGCGGAAGCUAUUAAUUAGUGAUGUUUUUAAUGUUUGAAUACAUCCUAUGAGAUUA